AUGGGCACGUUUGUUGGACACAUAGUUCCCGGGUUUGCACUCACCCUCCUUGGUUUAUGGCACACCAUCAACACUAUCAGAUCUUAUUUUCUGAGAGGCCCUAGUAACUUUAGAGUAAGGUUUUGGCACCCAUUCAAUUCCCCUCUUUCCAAACUCAAACACUUGGAGCUCAUUUUCAUCUUAUCUUUCUCUGUAUUGGCAAUUUUCAUGCAAGUUUUAGACUUCCCUUUUCUUCAACUCUCUUUCAAGCUCCACAACUUGGAGCAUGCAACUAUGUUCCUCCACCUAGUCGUAUUUGCAGGAUUUACGCUUUGUGCUGAGUUGAUUCAUCCGUUUCAGACCCUAUCCGGGGUUGUUGGAAUGCUAGUAGCAUCUGUUUUCUGUCAAGAGCUUUUCCUACUUCAUUUCCACUCUGCUGACCAUGUUGGUCUUGAAGGGCAUUACCAUUGGCUGCUGCAGCUCAUAGUGUUUGUUUCUGUCAUGGCAGCUUUGGCAGCAACUUGUUGCCAAACCAGUCUUCCUGCAGCACUUGUUCUUUCAAUUUCAGUGGUAUUUCAAGGUUGCUGGUUUAUGAACAUGGGGUUUUUGCUCUGGGUUCCUAGGUUUGUUCCAAAGGGGUGUGUUGUCCAUUAUGUAGAGGGCACCAAUGAUACCAUGCUUGGAGCCGUAACUUGUCAGUCAAGUGCGGCUGAUUUUAGGGCAAGAGCAUUGGCCAACUUGCAAUUUAGUUGGAUACUUUCUGGAAUUUUGAUAUUCACAGGUUGUACAUGCCUGAAAUUUGCUGUCAAAUGCAUUCCAAGGGACCUGCCAAUAGAGUAUGAGCAACUCCAUAGCAGAGGAGCAGAUGUCCCUAUAGUCAUAAAUGAUUUCAAGGAAGCUCAUCCAUAGAAUAUUUAGUAGUCAAUAAGAGCAAGUCCGAUGUUCUUUGCAAGGACAACAUAUAUGACACUUGAUUUCUGGGAUCAAUAAUAUAUCAAAAUUGGGCUGGAGUAGCUCUUUGAUA